AUGGAGGCCUUCGUCGACGGUAACCACGUCUGGCUGCGCAACAUCGGCCGUGAUCUGUACCUCCACGUCGACGCCGACGGGCUGGGAGUGUCCGUCCACUCACGCCGCGCGGUGCUCCAAGCCGCGUGGAUCGUGCAUCUCUCCGGGGAUCACAUCCUCCUUCACUCCGCCGUCUACGGCCGCUACCUGGGCGCAGGGCUGGUCCAAUAUAUUUUUGGGCCCAGGGCGAUGCGCCGCGCGGCCAUCUUGGCCGUGCCGCGACGCAGCUGGACUUCGUGGUCCGGGGUCUCGAGUCCUAUCGCCUGGGAGUCCAUCGCCGCCGACGAGGGGUCUACUGAUGAUGCCGUCAUCCUCCGCAACAUUACCGGCGGCUACCUUCGUGCCAACGGCAGGAUCCGCCGCUGGAACACCGCCGUCAGCGUCAGCGACGCCCCUGCUCCUGGUGAAUUGAGCAAUAUGUCGUUCUGGGUGGCGGAGACCAUCCCUCCUCUGCCGGCCCGAAUGGACAUCCCUCUUCCAGUUGAGGCGCCGCAUCCGCUCCACCCGAUUUCCCAGGUCGGCCCCUUGCGCCAAGUCUUCUACGUGCGGGCCGCUGCUGAUGGGUCUGUCGAUGAGGAUGCGUGGGAAAUGUUCGAGGUAGCCAUGUCCCAUUCCUUGGACAAUCUGACGCUGGAGCUACGAAACAGGCUGGGUCUUGACGUGUACUUCACACUCAUGCUGUGUAUCCGCUCGGGCCGCUACGGGCGCUUAGUCCCCUUGGUGGUCGAUCUUUCUAGGAACAACUACCCACUGCACAUCGUUCUUCUCACUCACGGCUCACCAGCGGCACUGCGAUACCCGAACGUUCAUGCCUAGAGAUCGAUUCUCCAAGUUCAAAGCACUGCUAUGAUCACAUCACUGCUGUGGAAGUCUACAGGAUCUAGGGAACUGAGCAAAUAAAUCUAGUCUGUCUGUGUUCAAUCAUUUCACUUGUUUGUUUGAGUCUGAGUCUUAAUAUUUUGUCGGUAUCUCUUUCGUGUGUCAGUGCAAUGCUAUUUUUAGGUUUGUAUCAAGUCUUUUGAGACUAUUAAGUCAUGGACCAGAUCAGUAAGCGCAAACUUGUUACGUAUGUUUGAGUUUGUAUCGAAUCUUUUAAGAGUAUCAAGUGUUGUCUAUCAUUGGCG